AUGGCGCCGGAAUCGAUUCUUCGGGAUGAGUAUGAUUUUGGAGUUGAUAUUUGGGGGCUUGGGUGUUCUGUUUUUGAGAUGCUUACCAAAAGAGUCCUCAGAAAUAUUUCCAACUCCAAAGUCAAAGAUAAGGGUUUUCCGAGGAAGCAAAAGAUUUUCUGGAGAAUGGAUGAGGAAAUAAGUUUGAUUAGUACUUCUGAAUUCGAGCUUCCAGAGGAUGAAGAAGACCUCGAGUGGCUGAUGAAACCAAUGCUGUUAAUAAAUCCUUCUGCGGCACUACAAAAACGGAAGAGGUUCUUAUCAGAUGACUCUGUUUCAGAGAGUUCUACAUUCAAGAGGCCAAAAAGAUUUGAUCUUGAUCGAGUUAUCAAGCCAUUAGGCUGCGGAAUUUUGCAGCCCUGUUGUUGA